UCUGGGCGCCGCGUGGGUUCCACUCACCGCCUGGCCCUUCGGGGGACGGACUGCCUCCCUGGCCGGCAGGGGGCGGCACACGCGCCUUGUCCUGGCGCUUUUCCCAGUGGCCCGGCUCUGCGUACGAGGCUCUUCUCUCCCGGAGGGGAAAAUUUAAAAUCUCUGCCCCAGAGGGCUGGGUGGGAAAGCGGAGAAUCCUCGCGUGCCAGGAGCGGGCUGCGAAUGGGGCAGGGCGAGCGCACGUGGGGCGUGUUUACAAACAGCAGCCGCGCCGCUGUGCGGAGGCGGUCCGGGUGUUGGAGCCCAGCGUCAGCGCGCGUGGAAAGUGCUGGCCCAAGCGAGGAUCAUGAGGCACGCAAAGUAAAGCAGCGGUUCGGCUGAAAGAAGACAUGAAAAAGAUAGUGGCGGUGCCAUUAAAUGAACAGAAGGAUUUUACCUAUCAGAAGUUAUUUGGAGUCAGUCUCCAAGAACUUCAACGGCAGGGGCUCACCAAGAAUGGCAUUCCAGCAAUAGUGUGGAAUAUAGUGGAAUACUUGUCGCAGCAUGGACUCACCCAAGAAGGUCUUUUUCGGGUAAAUGGUAACGUGAAGGUGGUGGAACAACUUCGACUGAAGUUCGAGAGUGGAGUGCCCGUGGAGCUCGGGAAGGAGGACGGUGAUGUCUGCUCAGCAGCCAGUCUGUUGAAGCUCUUUCUGAGGGAGCUGCCCGACAGUCUGAUCACCUCGGCAUUGCAGCCUCGAUUCAUUCAGCUCUUUCAGGAUGGCAGAAAUGAUGUUCAGGAGAGUAGCUUAAGAGACUUAAUAAAAGAGCUGCCAGACACCCACUACUGCCUCCUCAAGUACCUUUGCCAGUUCUUGACAAAAGUAGCCAAGCAUCAUAUGCAGAAUCGCAUGAAUGUUCACAAUCUCGCCACUGUAUUUGGGCCAAAUUGCUUUCAUGUGCCACCUGGGCUUGAAGGCAUGAAGGAACAGGACCUGUGCAACAAGAUAAUGGCUAAAAUUCUAGAAAAUUAUAAUACCCUGUUUGAAGUAGAGUAUACAGAAAAUGAUCAACCGAGAUGUGAAAACCUGGCUAGGCUUAUCAUAGUAAAAGAUGGAAGUUAUACUUCUGUGGCCUGGAAGUGCCUAGAAAUGAACAUUCUUCCAGGGAUGGGGGAGGCCAGUUAUAAGAACUCCCUGCCCAUCCUUUUAACAAGAGGCUUAGAAAGAGACAUGCCAAAACCACCUCCAAAAACCAAGAUCCGAAAGUCCAGGAGUGAGGGAUCUAUUCAGACCCACAGAGUACUGCAACCAGAGCUAUCUGAUGGCAUUCCUCAGCUCAGCUUGUGGCUAAGCCAUAGAAAAUCCUGCUUGGAAGACAUGAAUUCAGCAGAGGAUGCUAGUAGUGCCAAGUUGGUACCCAGUUCGCAGGAAGAUGAAAGACCUAUUUCACCUUUCUAUUUGAGUGCUCAUGUACCCCAAGUCAGCAAUGUGUCUGCAACCGGAGAACUCUUAGAAAGAACCAUCCGAUCAGCUGUAGAACAACAUCUUUUUGAUGUUAAUAACUCUGGAGGUCAAAGUUCAGAGGACUCAGAAUCUGGAACACCAUCUGCAUCUUCUGCCACAUCUGCCAGACAGCGCCGCCGCCAGUCCAAGGAGCAGGAUGAAGUUCGACGUGGGAGAGACAAGGGACUUAUCAACAAAGAAAAUAUUCCUUCUGGGUUCAACCACCUUGAUGAUUGUAUUUUGAAUACUCAGGAAGUCGAAAAAGUACAAGAAAAUACUUCUGGUUGUGUUGGAGAAAGGAGCAAACCUAAACGUCAGAAAUCCAGUACUAAACUUUCUGAGCUCCAUGACAAUCAAGAUGGUCUUGUGAAUAUGGAAAGUCUCAAUUCCACACAAUCUCAUGAGAGAACUGGACCUGAUGGUUUUGAACGGAUGUCCGAUGAAAGGAAAGGAAGUGAAAAAGAUGGUGGACACACUCAGCAUUUCGAGAGUCCCACAAUGAAGAUCCAGGAGCAUCCCAGCCUAUCUGACACUAAACAGCAGAGGAAUCAAGAUGCCGGUGACCAGCAGGAGAGCUUUGUCUCCGAAGUGCCCCAGUUGGACCUGACUGCAUUAUGUGAUGAAAAGAACUGGGAAGAGCCUAUCCCUGCUUUCUCCUCCUGGCAGCGGGAGAACAGUGACUCUGAUGAGGCCCGCCUCUCACCGCAGGCUGGGCGCCUGAUCCGUCAACUGCUGGACGAAGACAGCGACCCCAUGCUCUCUCCUCGGUUCUACGCUUAUGGGCAGAGCAGACAAUACCUGGAUGACACAGAAGUGCCUCCUUCCCCACCAAACUCCCAUUCUUUCAUGAGGCGGCGAAGCUCCUCUCUGGGGUCCUACGAUGAUGAGCAAGAGGACCUGACGCCUGCCCAGCUCACACGAAGGAUUCAGAGCCUUAAAAAGAAGAUCCGGAAGUUUGAAGAUAGAUUUGAAGAAGAGAGGAAGUACAGACCUUCCCACAGUGACAAAGCAGCCAAUGCAGAGGUUCUGAAAUGGACAAAUGACCUUGCCAAAUUCCGGAGACAACUUAAAGAGUCAAAACUAAAGAUAUCUGAAGAGGACCUAACUCCCAGGAUGCGGCAGCGAAGCAACACACUUCCCAAGAGUUUUGGUUCCCAGCUUGAGAAAGAAGAUGAGAAGAAGCAAGAGCUGGUAGAUAAAGCGAUAAAGCCCAGUGUUGAAGCCACGUUGGAAUCUAUUCAGAAGAAGCUCCAGGAGAAGCGAGUGGAAAGCAGCCGUCCUGAGGACAUUAAGGAUAUGACCAAAGACCAGAUUGCUAAUGAGAAAGUGGCUCUGCAGAAAGCUCUGUUAUAUUAUGAAAGCAUUCAUGGACGGCCGGUAACAAAGAACGAACGUCAGGUGAUGAAGCCACUAUAUGACAGGUACCGGUUGGUCAAACAGAUCCUGUCACGAGCCAACACCAUACCCAUCAUUGGUUCCCCCUCCAGCAAGCGGAGAAGCCCUUUGCUGCAGCCAAUUAUCGAGGGCGAAACUGCUUCCUUCUUCAAGGAGAUAAAGGAAGAAGAGGAGGGGUCAGAAGACGAUAACAAUGUGAAGCCAGACUUCAUGGUCACUCUGAAACCCGAUUUCAGUGCACGAUGCUUUCUGGACCAAUUCGAAGAUGAUGCUGAUGGCUUUAUUUCCCCAAUGGAUGAUAAAAUACCAUCAAAAUGCAGCCAGGACACAGGGCUUUCGAAUCUCCAUGCUGCCUCAAUACCUGAACUCCUGGAACACCUCCAGGAAAUGAGAGAAGAAAAGAAAAGGAUUCGAAAGAAACUUCGGGAUUUUGAAGACAACUUUUUCAGACAGAAUGGAAGAAAUGUCCAGAAGGAAGACCGCACUCCUAUGGCUGAAGAAUACAGUGAAUACAAGCACAUAAAGGCGAAACUGAGGCUCCUGGAGGUGCUCAUCAGCAAGAGAGACACGGAUUCCAAGUCCAUGUGAGGGGCAACCCCCGCCCGAGCACAGGGGGCUGGCAGCUGCAGUGAGAGUUUACUCUCCCCUGAGAAAGAGCAGCUCUGGAAGGCAGCCUUGGAGCUGGCCCUGCAAAGCAUGCGGCCCUUCUGCCUCUAGACCAUUUGGCAUCGGCUCCCAUUUCCAUUGCCUGCCUUAGAAACUGGCUGGAAGAAGACAAUGUGACCUGACUUAGGCAUUUUGUAAUUGGGAAGUCAAGAUUGCAGUGUGUGCACAUGCGCGUGCGCGCAGACACACACACAUACACACACACACAGUAGUGGAGCUUUCCUAACACUAGCAGAGAUGAAUCACUACAUUAGACAACACUCAUCUACAGAGAAUAUACACUGGUCUUCCCUGGAUAACUGAGAAACAUGAGACCAUUCUCUGUCUAACUGUGAUAAAAACAAGCUCAGGACUUUAUUCUAUAGAGCAAACUUGCUGUGGAGGGCCGUGCUCUCCUUGGACCCAGUUUAAGUGCGAACGUGCACUGGAGCCCUAUUUGCUGCCGCUGCCAUUCUGGUGACCUUUCCACAGAGCUGCGCCUUCCUCACGUGUGUGAAAGGUUUUCCCCUUCAGCCCUCAGGUAGAUAGAAGGUGCAUCUGCCCACAAUGGCAGUGCAGUCAUCAUCUUCAGGGUGUUUCUUCAGGACUUCCUCAGCUGACAAGGAAUUUUGGUCCCUGCCUAGGACUGGGUCAUCUGCAGAGGACAGAGAGAUGGUAAGCAGCUGUAUGAAGGCUGAUUUUAAAACCAAGUGAUGGGAGAAGAGCCUGGAGAUUCUUUCCUGAACACUGACUGCACUUACCAGUCUCAGAUUUUAUCAUCAAAUACCAAGCCAGGCCAGCAUGCUCAUGGCAACCUGUUUGGGACUGUUUUGUUGUGGCACUAGCCAAACAUAAAGGGGCUCGCUUAAGUCCUAGCCUGCAUACAGAGGAUCAGGGGAGAGAAGGGGCCUGUGUUCUCAGCCUCCUGAGUACUUACCAGAGUUUAAUUUUUUAAAAAAUAUCUGCACUAAAAUCCCCAAACUGACAGGUAAAUGUAGCCCUCAGAGCUCAGCCCAAGGCAGAAUCUAAAUGACACUAUUUUCGAGAUCGUGUAUAAAAAGAAAAAGAAUGUCAUUCUGUCUGGCCAAUUAUAAUUCUUUUCAAAAGACUGUCACAAAGCUGUCUAUAUUAGACAUUUUGGCGGGACCAGAAAAUGUAAGACACCAAAUCAUCUCUUCAGUGUGCUUGACGUCACCUUGUGAUGUGUUGUUACUUUAACUCCUGCACCUGCGCUGAGGACAGUGGGUUCUGGGUCCACCUUUGUACUCUGCGAGGCCGAGCCCAGGCAUCUGCUCGCCCGCCAUGGCUGACCAGAGAAGGUGCUUCAGGAGCUCUGCCUUUGACGACAAGUGUUACAGGAUGAACACACAGCAGAGCCACCCUCCUGUAUGUUUUAAAAGUUGCCUUCUUAAAGAGCACAGUUUUAAGGAAAAGAAAAGGAAUGUAAAACUAUACUGACCAGUUUUCAGUUUUAAAGGGUCGUGAGGAACUGGCUGGUCUAAUGGGAUUUACAGCAACAUUUUCCAUUGCUGAAGUGAGGUAGCAGCUCUCCUCUGUCAGCUGCAUGUUAAGUCAAGGAUGGGGGAAAAGAAUGCCUUUAAGUUUGCUCUUAAUCGUAUGGAAGCUUGAGCUAUGUGUUGGAAGUGCCCUGGUUUUAAUCCACACUCAAAGACGGUACAUAAUCCUACAGGUUUAAAUGUACAUAAAAAUAUAGUUUGGAAUUCUUUGCUCUACUGUUUACAUUGCAGAUUGCUAUAAUUUCAAGGAGUGAGAUUAUAAAUAAAAUGAUGCACUUUAGGAUGUUUCCUAUUUUUGAAAUCUGAACAUGAAUCAUUCACAUGACCAAAAACUGUGUUUUUUUAAAAAAGACAUGUCUAGUCUGUCCUUCAAGUAACAGCUCUCUUAAAUAAGCUAUGAUAGUAAUCAGAUCAUUACCAGUUAGCUUUUGAAGCACAUUUGUUUAAGACUAUGUUUUUGAAAAAUAUGCUACAGAAUUUUUUUUUUAAGCUACAAAUAAAUGAGAUGCUACUAAUGGUUUUGGAAUCUGUUGUUUCUGCCAAAGGUAAAUUAACAAAAGAUUUAUUCAGGAAUCCUCAUUUGAAUUUGUAUGAUUCAAUAAAAGAAAACACCAAGUUAUAUAAAAUAAAUUGUGUAUGGGAUGUUGUGUUUUCCUUCGUAAUUUCCACUAACAUAUCUUCAUGGAAUGGAGCCCAGGUGAAAUGAGGGGAGGCCCUUUUCACGGUAGAUCUUAUUUGAAGACAUGUUAGUCAGUGGUUUCUGGCUCUGCAAGGGAGAUACGUUCCCCAGCAACCAUUUCUGCAGCCCAGAAUCUCUCUCAAGGCACUAGAGGCGGUGUCUUAAUUGGCUUCACACAAGACAGAAUGCUCUGGACUGGGGUUUUUCCUUUGCUGUCUUGGGAAUGUGUGUUUAUUAUUAGCACAUGCCAACAAAAUAAAUGUCGAGUUAUUUCAUAAGUCUAAACUUAAGAAUUAAAGAUGGCAGACUUAUAA